AUCGUGUUUUAAUCCCGAUACAUUACAGAAGUUAGAAAAGCGAAUCAGGACCUGUUUGUCACGGUCACUUCUCUGAGCUCAUCAUGGCUUCAAAGGAAAGUUGUUUAAGUGCACAAAAAAAACUCUUUCUUUUAUUCAACAUUUUUAUUCACCAUUCCUGAAUACUUUCGACGAUCCCUACGAUCCCAAACAUCUAUCAGGGGCAACCGCAGCCAGGUGGGGCCCACCAUCACUACAGUGUGCAUGAAGAGGACGUGUAUGUGUUCUCUUCAUCAUGUCGUCGAAUAAAGAGGCUCAUCGCAGGCAGCGUCGCAGAGAGCUGGACGCCAGGAGGAGUAAGUUUCGGGUGCGACUCGGGUCAUGGCCCGAGAGCUGGAGUAAACUCAAGGACCAGCUGGGUUUCUCUCUCCAUUCAGAGCUUGCACAGUUUCUGCUGGACAGUUACUCCUGCAAAGUGUGCAGCCCAGGAUCAGGUAAUGGGAAUGAAGUGAUUUCUGUAACCGUGGCUUCUCUGGAUCAGCUAAUCCUGAUGGUCCACAGUCACAGCCAGCAGUGCAGUUUGACCCCGAGACUGCAGCCUGACCUGCACAGACAGGACGUGAAGGAGAGUCUGCUGGAUCCUGAAACCUCCACAAGGUUGUCUGAAACGGCUGAACUGUGUCUGACGUACGUCUGCGAAGGCGAACACGCGUUCACCUGGAGUCCGAUACACACCCAGAGGGACGACGACGGAGAGCAGAGCGAACAGGGAAGUGCUGCUCCUUUAGGGUUGAGGAGGACCAGAGAACGACGGAUGAAAGGUGCGAAACAAGACGAGGCGUGUGGGACGAGGAGCCUGAGGAGCGCAAGAGGAAAAAGUGAUGAUGAUAGAAGCACUGCUAGAUUCGGACAAGGCUUAGAGAUGGAGCGAAUCACCUCGUCAGCCUCAGGAGGAAAUGAGGAACAUGAACAUUCGUGCGACAGCAACAAACAGGUCACAAGUUCACAGGAAGGAAUCGAUGCGUCUCUUCUGGCCUCGGCUCCAGAGAUCAGUAGUGAAGAGGAUUUUGAGGGUCGCGGUGUAACAGUGCUACAGGCUGCAGUACCGAACUCCACCACGAGAGGGUGCGAGAGGAGAGAAGAUGCUCCUGAGACGUGCAGGAGGAGCGUAGGAGCGAGGAGAAAAGCCUGCAGACAGCGUUCAGAGAGAGAUGAGGUUUCACAGAUGAGCAGCAGGAGGAAAAGAAAACCAGCUCCUAAGCUCAUUUUACCCUGCGAGGUCGACGGCUGCUGGAAGAUCUUUUCUAGUCGUCAGUACCUCAAUCACCAUAUGAAGUACCAGCACUUCCAGCAAAAGACUUUCACUUGCUCUCAGCCCUCCUGUGGAAAGUCCUUUAACUUCAAGAAGCACCUUAAAGAACACGAGAAGCUUCACAGCGAUCAACGAGACUACAUCUGUGAAUUCUGCGCUCGUGCCUUUCGCACCAGCAGCAACCUGAGCAUCCACCGCAGAAUCCACACAGGAGAAAAACCACUGCAGUGCGAGGUGUGUGGUUUCACCUGCCGUCAGAAAGCAUCCCUGAACUGGCACAUGCGUAAACACGAUGCCGAGCGCAGCUACCAGUUUGCGUGCGAGAUCUGUGGCCGCCGCUUCGAAAAGAGGGACAACGUGACCGCACAUCGGAGUAAAAGCCACCCAGAUCACAUGACCCCUGACCUUCCGAAAGAGCCUACAGCCAACGACCUUUGACCUUCUUGAGCCUUGAGUUAAAAUUAAGCAUGCGUCAGUAUUAAAGGUUCACCGUUUGCAAACUUCCGACAGGUGGACUUUUCCGGUGGCGCCUUUUAAGAAAAGUGGGCGGAGCAAAGAUUAAAUCGGAACUUACUGAACCCUUUUCGUGGAGACACUACACAAGGGGUAACUUUACCUCAACACAAUCAACAUCCCACGGUCAGAGUGCUCUCAUUCGCUUUAUGGAAAUAGUCCAGCGUCACAUACUCCAAAUUCCACAACACUCCAUAUUCAACAAGCUGAUUAAGGACAAGAAUUAUUCUGUAUGUCUUUUCAAGUCUUAAUUAAAAGGUUUCAACCA